AUGAGAAAUGACCUUCGGGCGGAGACCGACGAUAGGAAAAAUCUGAUGAUAGCUCAGACCCUGAGCAGAAGCGAGAGUGGAGGGCACAGCCGAAUGCAGAGCAGAAAAAGGCUGGCAUGUUGUAGCCCCUGCCCAGAAGGCAGCGUGGCUGGUUUCACAGCUGCGUACCCAACAAACUCCUCCAUUCCUUCAAAAUAUAUUCAGUUUGUUAUUCCAGAGCCAGAAAAAAAAGGAUUUAAUAGUCAAUCCAAGCGAUUUUAUAAGAAGCUGGAUGAGACUCCUGGUCCUGGGUUCUACAACAUCAUCCACCAGUCUCCAGUAUUCAACAGUGUCUCGUUGUCUAAGAAAGGAACGUGUGCUUUCCCUUCUCUGUGUGCCAGGAUGGACACCAUCAUUUCUAAAUACCCUGCUGCCAACACAUACACUAUUCGGUCAGAUUUUGUUUCAAAGAAAGAUUUCAGUACUACCUGUUCGAGCAUGUUCCAGUUGCCAGGCUCUAGAAAAGUUCCCAGAUUUGAAACUCCUGCACCAAACCGUUACAAUACCUCCGUCACCAUCUGUAAGCAGACCAACAAUGUCUGUGCCCGAGCUGGGUUUAUGUCAAAAACGCAGAGAGGAUUUUUUAGGGAUGCUGAAAAAUCGGGACCUGCCCCAGGGCAAUAUGACAUCAAUGAAUCUCUGGUGAAGAAGUCGCCGAAAUUAUUAAUGUCUUGCUUUAAAUCUAAGACUGACCGCGGACUUAAAAUUAUGACUGCAGGCCCAGGACCUGGUUAUUACAAUCCAAAUGAUCACAUCAAAGUUCCAAAAAAGGCUCUUAUCCCGAGAAACCCCACUCUGAACUUCUCUGCGCAGCCUCUGCCUCUGCCCCCGAAGCAGCCUUUCCCUGGUCCUGGGCAGUACGAGAUUGUGGACUACGAGGGCCCCCCCAAGCAUUUCAUCUCCAGCGCCUCAUUUGUGUCUACCACUGAACGGUGGGCUACGGCGCGAGCAGACACGGGCCUGCCGGGCCCAGCCACCUACAAGCCAGAAUUCCCAGGAAAGCAGUCCUUUCUCUACAACGAGGACAACAAAUGGAUCCCUGUGCUGUAAUGACUUCACCCCAGCUUCAGGAGAACAUUGGCCACCAACUGACCCCCCCCCCCCCAUGCCCCAUAUUUCCCAUGAUACUCCUGAGAAUCUGUAUUUCUUGUGUGACUGCUGAUGACCUGGGAGGGCAGCUUUGCCACCUGGCCUGACAUUCUAGCUGCCUCUGGCCUGAUCUUAUCCUGCCAUCCCAGCUGUCUCCAGUGAGUUCCUGCCCAGAAUGAGGGAGUGGGUAGACCUUUCCUUUUUACAUACACUCCCACAGGUUGACUUUUGUGUACCCCCUCAGAUGUAGGGGGUCCUGAAGCCUUGGACUCAGGGAGGAGGAGCCAUGUCUGAUGCUUCCCUUAAAGCCUGGUGGCAGAGACAGGACUCGGGGGCCCAGAGAGGGCCUUCAGUGCAGGGCUGUGGCCUGAGAUGCUCCCAUCCUAGACUCCUCUUGGAAUUCAGGAGCACCCAUUGGCCCUCAGCUAAGCCUUCA